AUGGGUCUAUCAACGCUUGUUACUAUCGCUUCGGCUUCCUCAGGCUUCGCCAUCCUCGGAUGCAUCAUCACCGUUGGGAUGAUAUUCUUGGACAUCAAUUCGUUCUACGACGAGAAGAUCAAUGAGUUGAACGAAUUCAAGUCCCUUGAGAAGGUCGCCUGGAAUUCGAUGGUGCCUAAAGAUUCGGUUGCGUCGAUGUUCCUUGUUGGAAGAAACAAGCGUCAAGCUCAGUGCAACUGCGGAGCUCAAUCUCAGGGAUGCCCAGCAGGACCACCAGGACCACCAGGACAGCCAGGAGCACCAGGACAGCCGGGAGAGCGUGGACUACCUGGACAGCCAGGAUCCGGAGCUAGAAUCAACCCAGUCACCGGACAGAAUGGAUUCUGCAUUACCUGCCCAGCCGGAGCUCCAGGACCAGCUGGAGCCCCAGGACCAGCGGGACCAAAGGGACCAGACGGACAACCAGGAGCUCCAGCCUUCGGAGGAGGACAGGGACCACCAGGACCACCAGGACCAGCCGGAGACGCUGGAGCUCCAGGAGCUCCAGGAAACCCAGGAGCCCCAGGAAACCCAGGACGCUCUGGACAGCGCAGCCGUGGCCUUCCGGGACCAGCUGGAGCUCCAGGACCACAGGGACCACCAGGACAGCCAGGAGCCCCAGGAAACGGCGGAGGCCAAGGCCCAGCAGGAGCUCCAGGACCAGCCGGACCACCAGGACAGCCAGGACAGCGUGGACAGGAUGGAACUCCAGGAGCCCCAGGAAACGCCGGCGCCCCAGGAGGCGAUGCCGCUUACUGUCCAUGCCCAUCUCGCUCAGUUGCUGUUCGUCAUCGCGCUGUCGCCGCUCGCAGUCGUGUUGCGGCUCGUUCCCGCGUCGCUGCUCGCAGCCGCGUUGUCGCCAGAAACCGUGCUGCCGUCGCUCGUCAUCGUGUCGCCGCCAAGCGUGUUGUUCGCGUUCAGCGCAAAAUUGCCGCCUAA